AUGAAUUUUUCAUAAUGUCCAGAUGAAUUCUAAAUUGAAGAAUAACAAUUCAUUAGAGUACCUUAAAGAUCAUCUUUGAGUAGUUUUAAUUUUGAGGUAUAUAAAACAGCAUUUUAAGGAAUUAGAUUCUAAAUAUAAGUUUACUUAUCCAACUAAUGAAAAAUAGAAUGAGACUAAAAGAAAUCAACUUAAUUAAACUCCACCUCCAUAAACUAAAUAGAUUUAAUAAUAUGAAAUAGAUAAAAAUUAUAAGUUAUAGAUAGAAUAACCUAAUCAACUUUCCAAAUCUCCAAAAUAAUGUCAUUCUUUUAGAGAUCAAGGGAAAAUAUAAUUAUGCUAAUAAUAAAUAGAAAAACCUCAAAAAGAAAUUAAAUCUAUUCUAAACUUCUAAGUUGAUACUAAAUUCAUUAAUAUGAAACCAAGUAAAAAGAGAAAUCAAAAACCUAUUUUACCUUAAUUCUAAUAAUAAUAAUAUAAACGACCAUUAAUGAUAUAGAGUAAUCCAAAAUAUUAGAGAAUUUCUCCUAAAAAUCAAAAUAAAAAUCCUAUUCAAAAUAAUAUCAUUUAAAAUUACUCUGAAAUUACUUUCCAUUAAGAGCCAAAAGUCAAUAAAUUUUAAUAAUUAUUAAAUAAAGCUCCAAAAUCAAUUGAAAUUGAUCAUCAAAGAUCAAUAAAAUGGUUUGGAAAUAAAGAACUUUGUGAAGGUGAACUAAAUGGAAAAAUUGUAUAAUUUAUUAAGACUUAAUAAUCAAAUGUGAUAUUAUGA